GUAAUUCUGGGACAGCCCGUUCUAUUUGACUUUAGCGGUGUAACAGGCAAGAUGCAUGUUGUUGUAAUCGUUCUAGGUGAUCUCGGAAGGUCGCCUCGCAUGCAAUAUCAUGCCCUUUCUCUCCUACAAGCUGGGCAUUUUGUUUCUCUUAUAGGCUACGAAGGUGAAGACCUUAUCCCAGCGCUUUACGAGUUUUCCAACGAGCAACUGGGUAUCAUCCGAUUCAAAGUACCUUCUCCGAGAUUGUUACAGAAGGUCAUGCCAGUUUAUUUUGUCUGGCGGAUAUUCAGCUUAACAGUUUGGUCGCUGUUUGCUUUGCUCUCAGUGCACGCAAAGCGGAAGUACCCUAUAGACUGCAUUCUUGUGCAAAAUCCGCCUGCUCUUCCCUUGCUCUCUGUUGCCUAUACUUUCUGCUGGAUACUGCGCCUCCUCCAAGGAAAACGCGCCUGUUUGAUUAUCGACUGGCACAAUAUCGGCUAUUCCAUGUUGAAGCCAGGUGGCUUCCAAAUACUCGCGCGAACCUACGAACGAAUAAUGGCACCUCUUGCUGAUGGCCAUUUUACCGUAACAAAGGCAAUGAAAAAUUUUCUACACGCUACAAUGAACAUACCGGACGAUGCGAAUAUACGCGUACUAUAUGACUGCCCUCCAGAUAUGUUUCAACCAAUAUCAUUUGAACAGCAAUACGACAUUCUUUACGAGCUGGACAAAAAGUUUUGCGAGGCGUAUUGCCGACCUCGGAAGGGACGGCCUGCACUGAUCACAAGCUCAACAAGCUGGACAGCUGACGAAGAUUUUGGUAUUCUGCUCGCUGCCUUGAUUCUUCUAGAUGACCGGAUUAAAAGCGAAAAGUCUUCAUUGAAAGUGAUGGUUGCUGUGACCGGGAAAGGACCUCAGAAAGCUGCGUACGAGGAAAAAAUUUCGCAGCUCAGCCUUGAGUUUGUCGCGAUUCAAACUUUGUGGUUAAAGCCAGAGAACUAUCCCAAGCUGAUCGCAUGCGCGGACUUUGGAGUAUCACUUCAUACUUCGACGUCUGGUCUAGAUUUACCAAUGAAAAUUCUUGAUCUCUACGGAUGCGAAGUUCCUGUUUGUGCAGCAGAUUUCGAGUGCUUACCAGAGCUUGUUUUGGAUGACCGAAACGGCCGCGUUUUUCGAAGUCAUGAAGAGCUAGCUGACCAGUUUUGGGAAUUAUUG